UUUUCAUUUCAUUUCAAAUUUCAAAUUUCAUCAAAAUGCAAAAGUAAAGAAACCCUAAAACCCUAUUUGAGAAAGUUUUUGGCCCGCCCAUCUCUCUCCCCCAAACCUCCACUCCUAUAUAACCUCCCACCAUCUUCAACUGAUCGAUACCGGUGUAUUCUAUACACCUUCACUCACUCCAAACCCUACUUUCUAGGGUUUCUUCCUACCAGCCAUGUCGCUGAGGCCUAGCGAGCGGACCGAGGUUCGCCGGAACCGCUACAAGGUCGCCGUCGACGCCGAUGAGGGGCGCCGGAGGAGAGAAGACAAUAUGGUUGAGAUCCGUAAGAAUCGCCGAGAAGAAAGUUUGCAGAAGAAACGACGUGAAGGACUUGUUGGUAAUCAGUUUCCACUGCCUGUUCAAUCGUCUUCUGUUGCUGAAAAGAAGCUAGAAAAUCUACCUGCAAUGGUUGCGGGGAUUUAUUCAGAUGAUAUCAAUAUGCAGCUAGAGGCCACUACCCAGUUUCGUAAACUGUUAUCAAUAGAACGCAGCCCUCCCAUUGAAGAAGUUAUUCAUGCUGGUGUUGUUCUUCACUUUGUUCAGUUUCUUAUGAGGGAGGAGUUCCCCCAACUGCAGUUUGAGGCAGCUUGGGCUUUGACUAAUAUCGCUUCAGGGACAUCUGAACACACAAAAGUGGUGAUUGAUCAUGGUGCUGUUCCUAUAUUUGUGAAACUUCUCGCAUCUCCUAGUGAUGAUGUUCGAGAGCAGGCUGUAUGGGCUUUAGGUAACGUUGCCGGUGAUUCCCCUAAAUGCCGUGACCUUGUUCUCGGUCAAGGUGCUUUGCUUCCUUUACUGGCCCUACUAAAUGAGAACGCUAAACUCUCUAUGCUGCGAAAUGCCACAUGGACACUUUCAAAUUUCUGUAGAGGCAAGCCACAACCUGCAUUUGAACAGACAAGACCUGCGCUUCCAGCUCUGCAACAGCUUAUUCAUUCAACCGAUGAAGAAGUUUUGACUGAUGCUUGUUGGGCGCUUUCGUAUCUUUCAGAUGGUACAAAUGAUAAAAUCCAAGCUGUUAUAGAAGCAAAUGUAUGUCCUAGAUUGGUCGAGUUACUAAAUCAUCCAUCACCUUCAGUACUCAUUCCUGCUCUUCGUACAGUUGGCAACAUUGUUACCGGUGAUGAUAUGCAAACUCAGUAUAUCAUUGAUCAUCAAGCUCUGCCGUGUCUUUUGAAUCUGUUGAUCAAUAAUCACAAAAAGAGUAUUAAGAAAGAAGCGUGUUGGACUAUAUCAAACAUCACUGCUGGCAACAAGGAGCAGAUUCAGACGGUGAUUGAAGCAAAUCUCGUUGCGCCUCUUGUUCAGUUACUUCAGCAUGCAGAAUUUGACAUUAAAAAGGAAGCUGCAUGGGCCAUCUCAAAUGCUACUUCUGGUGGAAGCCAUGACCAAAUUAAGUAUCUUGUUAUUCAGGGAUGUAUCAAACCUUUAUGUGACCUACUUGUGUGCCCAGACCCUAGAAUUGUGACAGUUUGUCUAGAGGGGCUUGAGAACAUUCUGAAAGUGGGUGAAGCUGAGAAGAAUUUGGGAAGGACCGAGGACACGAAUCUUUAUGCACAAAUGAUUGAUGAUGCUGAAGGUUUGGAGAAAAUUGAGAACCUACAAAGUCAUGAUAACAAUGAGAUCUAUGAGAAAGCAGUGAAGCUUCUGGAAACGUAUUGGUUGGAGGAAGAGGACGACGUAAUGCCACCUGGCGAAGUUGCUCAGCCUGGUUUUAAUUUUGGUGGCGGUGAUGUUGUUGUUCCAAAUGGUGGCUUUAACUUCAAUUGAUUCAAGGUCAGUCUUGUUGAAGUAGGGGGAGAUUUAUGUAGUGUUGCAGGCAGGCAUCUAUCCGUUUUCAUGAGGUUCAUUAUUGUAGUGUGGUUGAAGUUUAUGGAGUGAUUGAGGUUUUUUACAAUGAAUAUCACUUGAUGAAUUAUGUAAAAGUAAAUGGUAUUUCUCUUUUGGGACAACUUGAAUUGGGAUUUAUAGAGUUUACCUUCCUUUGCAUU